AUGCGCUGUUCGAAGCGGGACAGUAGAAAGUGCGAGCGAGUUGAAACAUGGAAAAAGCAGCCGCAGCUCAAAAGGCCCGUCGCUGACAGGACCGCCGCCGACGCUGAAGCUUUCAACGAGAAAGCCAAGUACACCGUCGGCCUCGACUCGUCCCGAGCACACGCUCAAACGUCGAGCAGCGUCAACCAUCAUGCCGCCGAUCGUCUCGCUCGCAUCCAAGCCGAGACGCUCCACCGUUUCGGUGUUGCCUCGUCCUCCUCCUCAGACGUUGAACGUCGCGCUGGCAUCUCGCUCAAAUCCAUCCCUGACUGGCAGCAAUCUGCUCUUGCAACGCAAUCCGCUCGAUUGGCACAGAUGACGCUCCACAAUGCCGACAUCAAGGCCAGCCUGCACAAGCGCGACGUCGAAGUCUCUUGCGCCCACAUGUUCUCCCACGCCAUCCCCUACGAGGUCAAGCCUGUGGUCAACCAGAAGAACUCCGGUCGAUGCUGGCUCUUUGCUACCUGCAACGUCAUCCGUCACCAAGCAGCCAAAGCGCUCGACCUGGACGAGUUCGAACUCUCGCAGAGCUACUUGAGCUUUUGGGACAAGCUGGAGAAAUCCAACUACUUCCUCGAGAACAUGAUCGAGUUGGCCGACGAGCCCCUCGACCAGCGUGUCGUCGGGUUCCUCAAGACCGCCCCCACCAACGACGGUGGUCAGUGGGACAUGGUCGCCAACCUCUUGGAGAAGUACGGCGUGGUGCCCAAAUCCGUCUUCCCUGAGAGCUACAACUCGAGCUACUCUUCGCAGAUCAACUGGCUCGUCACGCUCAAGCUGCGAGAAUACACGCUCGAACUGCGACAGAUCAAGCAGGACGUCGAACGCAAACUCGGCAACCUGGUCCAUCGAUCCAUGAGCGCCCAAGAGAUCAGCUAUGCCGUCCGACAGGCACAGCGCGCACGCAAGGACGAACAGAUGGAAGAGGUCUACCGUCUACUCGUCAUUUCCCUCGGCACGCCACCUCAACCUGACGACGAGUUCACCUACAACUACCGCAACAAGGACGGCAAGUUCGUCACCAUCCGCUCCACUCCCAAGCGUUUCUUGGCCGAGUACACUGGCACCUUUGACCACAAAUCACGCUGCUCCCUCAUCCACGAUCCUCGACACGAGCCAGACCAGCUGAUUACAGUGCAACGUCUCGGAAAUGUCUGGGAAGGAACCCCGAUCAGCUACGUCAACACCACCGUCGACGUCAUGCGCACCGCCGUCGUCAGCUCGAUCAAAGCCGGCCACCCCGUCUUCUUCGGCUGCGAUGUCGGACAAUUCUCCGACAAGACGUCCGGAAUCAUGGACCCAGCCCUCUUCGGAUACGAGGAGGCCUUCAACGUCACUCUUGGAUUGACAAAGGCACAGCGGAUCGAGCUGGGAGAGUCGUCCAUGACGCACGCCAUGGUCAUCACCGCGGUGCACAUCGACGAUCGCACGGGCAAGGUGGAGAGGUACAGGGUGGAGAACUCGUGGGGCGAGGCGGGCGUCGGUAACGGCAAAGGCUUCAUGGUCAUGAGCGACAAGUGGUUCGAAGAGUUCAACUACCAGGUGGUGGUGGACAAGAAGUUUAUGCCAAAGCAUCUGUGGUCCUUAUUCACCAGGGGUGUAGAUGACAAGACGGUCAGGUUGCCUCCUUAUGAUCCGCUUGGUGCGCUCGCGUAG